GCGCAUGCGUAUUGUGGAUGUGCAUUGUGCGUUAAUAUUCGGAAAUUAUCAUUCCACGUCGCUUUGAUAUAACUUGCCUUCGUAAUAUUUGGCGGCGUUUGGAAUUUAGAUUGUGUGCCUAUUACAACAAAUUUUAAAAUGGAAGAAGAAAAUAGUAAGAAGAAGGAUAAGAAAAAGCCACUCGGUGAAAUACAGUUAUCGAUGAAGUGCGAAAUCCAACCCUCUGAUCUGCCGGUGAAGCUCAAACCCGAAAACUGGCCUCUUUUGUUUAAGAAUUUCGAUAAAAUGCUGUCACGCACCAAUCAUUUUACUCCGUUAGUAAAUGGUUCUGCUCCGCUACGUCGUGAAUUAUCUGAAUACAUAAAAUCAGGCUGCAUUAAUUUAGACAAACCGUGCAAUCCGUCGUCGCAUGAGGUAGUGGCUUGGAUUAAAAAAAUCCUGAGAGUAGAAAAGACUGGUCAUUCUGGUACAUUAGAUCCCAAGGUAUCAGGAUGUUUGAUAGUUUGCAUAGACAGAGCUACCAGAUUGGCUAAGUCACAGCAAUCUGCUGGAAAAGAAUAUGUUGCUGUAUUUAAGCUCCAUUCUGCUCCAGAAAGUAUUCAAAAGAUAAAUCAAGCAUUGGAGAAGUUGCGCGGCGCUCUCUUUCAAAGGCCACCAUUGAUAUCGGCUGUUAAAAGACAACUCCGUGUUAGAACAGUUUAUGACAGUUGGUUCCAUGAUUACGAUCCUGAUCGUAAUAUAGGAAUAUUUCGUGUCAGUUGUGAAGCUGGUUCUUAUAUCAGAACUAUGUGUGUCCAUCUCGGACUCUUCUUAGGUACUGGUUGUCAUAUGCAAGAGCUUCGGAGAACUCGUUCUGGCAUUCAAUCCGAAGAAGAUGGUAUGGUUACUAUGCAUGAUAUUCUCGAUGCCCAAUGGCUGUAUGACAAUCAUGGAGAUGAAUCUUAUUUGAGAAGAGUUAUAAAACCAUUGGAAUCUCUGUUAGUAAAUCACAAGAGAAUCGUUAUGAAAGACAGUGCUGUAAAUGCAAUUUGUUAUGGAGCUCAAAUAAUGUUGCCUGGUGUCUUGAUGUAUGAUUCAAACAUAGAAUUGAACGAAGAAAUUGUAAUUGUAACUACCAAGGGCGAAGCUGUAGCACUUGCAAUAGCUUUGAUGACCGCUCAAACCAUGUUUGCCUGUAAUCAUGGAAAGGUUGCAAAAAUCAAAAGAGUAAUCAUGGAGAGAGAUUCAUAUCCUAGAAAAUGGGGUUUAGGACCCAAAGUCAAAAAAAAACUUAUGAUACUUGAAGGGAAGUUAGACAAAUAUGGGAAACCAAAUGAAAAUACACCCGCUGAUUACUUACAAAGUUACGCAGAUUAUACAACCCAACAACCAGUAGUAUCAGCAUCAACGACUGAGAAGAAUGGAGACAUAGCUCUUAGUAAAAAAAGGAAAAGAGAAGACAGUACAAGUAUGUUAGAUGUAGUUAAAGAGGAAAAUUUAGAAACAUCAUCACCAAAAGAUAAAAAGAAGAAAAAAGAAAAAAAGAAAAAGAAGGAUAAACGUGAUAGCGAUAGUAAAGAAUCCAUAACCGAAGAAGUUGCCAGUGAGGAGCCUACGACAAAGGAAGAAAAAAAGAAAAAGAAGAAAAAAAAGAAGGAGAAAGAUCAAGAACCUACAUCGAGCUAGAUUAAUCUUUAAUAAAAAAAGUAUUUUUAGACAAUACUUAUGUAAAAUGUACAAUUAUUUUUUUAUCAAAUUACAUACAUGUCAUUUUUAAAUUAUAUUAAAAAACUUCCAACUUUGUAUAUUAUAUAUUAAUUUCUCAAUUUUAAAGAAUUUGUAUUCCAAGAUUUAUGAAGGAAUACAAAGUGCUUACUAAAUUCUUCCUUCUAGCUUCUUGAGUUUAUCUUUUCUUUUCUUCUAAUGUCCAAUUCCACCAACGUAGAUUUACUUUAAUUUCAGUUUAACUUGUUCUUUAUCUUUUUCUAAUUCUUAGAAUUAAAACGUUGGUGAUCGGGCAUAAGAGAUGCAUUUGUCUUUUCAGACGUGAGUAUGUUAGUAUUCUAACUAUACGCAUUCUGAUUUUUUGUAAGAAGACGAUGAAAUAUACUGUAUAUACAUAUAAUUUUUUAUCACAAAAA